AUGACGGGCCGCGUGUGCCGCAGCUGCGGCGGCACCGACAUCGAGUUCGAUUCAGCGCGCGGCGACGCCGUGUGCACGGGCUGCGGCUCGGUGCUCGAGGACAACAUCAUUGUAUCCGAGGUGCAGUUCGUGGAGAACAGCGGCGGCGGAUCGUCGGCCGUGGGCCAGUUCGUGUCUCUAGACGGUGCUGGCAAAACCCCAACGCUGGGCAGCGGUUUCCAUGUGAAUCUGGGCAAGGAAUCAAGAGCACAGACCCUGCAGAACGGGAAGCGGCAGAUCCACCACCUGGGGAACCAGUUACAGCUGAACCAGCAUUGCCUCGACACGGCCUUCAACUUCUUCAAGAUGGCCGUGAGCAAGCACCUAACUCGGGGCCGUAAGAUGGCCCACGUCAUCGCUGCCUGUCUCUACUUGGUCUGCCGGACAGAGGGCACGCCACACAUGCUCCUGGACCUCAGCGAUCUGCUCCAGGUGAAUGUUUACGUGCUGGGGAAGACAUUUCUCCUGUUGGCCAGAGAGCUCUGCAUCAACGCACCAGCAAUAGACCCCUGUCUGUACAUCCCACGCUUCGCCCACCUGCUGGAGUUUGGGGAGAAGAACCAUGAGGUGUCCAUGACGGCUCUGCGUCUGCUGCAACGCAUGAAGAGGGACUGGAUGCAUACCGGCCGGCGCCCCUCGGGGCUGUGCGGCGCAGCUCUUCUGGUUGCAGCCAGGAUGCAUGACUUCCGGAGGACCGUCAAAGAGGUCAUCAGUGUGGUCAAAGUUUGUGAGUCCACACUGCGCAAGAGGCUCACUGAGUUUGAAGACACACCCACCAGUCAGCUGACGAUUGAUGAGUUCAUGAGGAUUGAUUUGGAGGAGGAGUGUGACCCCCCUUCAUACACAGCAGGACAGAGGAAGCUUCGGAUGAAGCAGCUGGAGCAAGUCCUGUCCAAGCAGCUGGAGGAAGUGGAAGGGGAGAUCUCCAGCUACCAGGACGCCAUCGAGAUAGAACUAGAAAGUAGCCGGCCGAAGGCAAAGGGGGCCCUCGCCACCCUGACCAAAGACGGCUCCACUGAGGAUACUGUGUCCAGCUUAUUUGGAGAGGACGAUGCAGAGGACGAGGAACUAGAGGCCGUUGCCAGCCACCUUAACAAGGACUUUUACAGCGAGCUCCUUGGUGAUGGACUGCCUGGCAGCUCAGAGUCAGUGGGGAGCACCGAGGAGGGGAGCCAGCCCCCGGCCCUGGAGUCCCUGCUCGGGCCGCUGCCCACGGCUGCCAGCCUGGGCAUCUCCGAGUCCAUCCGAGAGUGCAUCUCCUCCCCAAGCCGGGACCCCAUGGACACCUCGGAGGACGGGGAACUGGACCUUAGGGGCAUCGACGACCUGGAAAUCGACAAGUACAUCCUAGAUGAGGCGGAGACCCGCGUGAAGGCCGAGCUGUGGAUACGUGAGAACGCCGAGUACCUGCGUGAGCAGAGGGAGAAAGAGGCCAGGAUCGCCAAGGAGAAAGCCCUCGGCAUCUACAAGGAGCACAAGCCAAAGAAGUCCUGUAAGAGGCGGGAGCCCAUCCUGGCCAGCACGGCAGGGGAGGCCAUCGAGAAGAUGCUGGAGCAAAAGAAGAUCUCCAGUAAGAUCAACUACAACGUGCUGAAGGACUUGGACGGCGCGGGCAGCCCACACGGAGAGGACCAGGGGCUGCCGCCGCCGCGCACACCCAGCAUCAGGAAGCUGUCUCGGAGGAGGACACCGGCUGGCCGCAGUGCCGCUGACCCCGCGGCCAGUGUGGGGAAGAGAUUGAGGCCUCUGGUGUCUGCACAGCCUGCCAAGAAGGCGGCCCUCAGAGAGGCUGUGCUCCCGAGUACCCCCGCCCUCCCCGCCCCUGGUGCUGAGCCUGUGAGGUCUUCCAUCGUUGUGGAGAGCGGGCCUGUAUCAUACCACCAUGAGGAGGACGUGGAAGAGGACGAUGGCGAGGAGGAGGAGGGCGAGCCCUGCGUGAGCGCCCUGCAGAUGAUGGGGAGCAACGAGUAUGGCUGUGAAGGGGAUGACGAUGAUGGUUACUGA